AUGUCUGGGGGGUCACCUCCCCCCAAUAUCAGCACACCCGGUCCGUCCCGAAAGGGACAUCAGGCAAUAGCGGGCUCACCCGCUUUUUGCUCCCUACCUGCUCGCCCGGAACUAGGCACCGGAACGGACGACCGGCCCGGUCCUUCGGGCGCGGCCGAGCGUCACCAGGAUCCGUCCGGCCCGGGGGAAAGUUUCUUUCCCUUACCGGCAGAUUGCUCGGGGUCCCUUCGGCCGCGCAAGAAGGCGAGGUCCGAGUCCGACCGGAGCUCUUCCGAGGCAAAAGAUAAGCGCCCCCGGAUAGGACCGUCAUCUAGAUCCUUAAGCGAGAUGGAGGGGGACGAGGCUGAGGACAUCGAGGACACAACCUCGUCCGAGGACUCGUCCUCUUACGACAGCGAAUCCUCAGUCUCGUCCCACUCCACCUCUAAGAGUGUGGAAAGAACCUCCCCAAAAAAGAAACCAAUUCCUAAACCUAGGAGGAGUCUAGGGAUGGUGGAGGUCCACCCAGUAAAACAGCUGCGUACUCCUCCUCGGUCCCCUUCUCCAGCCAUUUCUCCCAUUCCGUCGGUUGACGUAGGGGUGCCCCCACCUUAA